CCAAUCAGCUGUGAGGCGGAACUAAAGGGCUCGGUCGAUGUUUGACAGGGGAAGGGGAAAAGAAGCGGACCGAAAGUUCCCUGCUGAAACGUGUCCCCCUUGUGCAGCCACUUCCGGAACAUAGGAAGCUGCCGUAUACUGAGUCAGACCCUUGAUCUAUCUCGCUCAGCAUUGUCUACCCAGACUGGCAGCAGCGGCUUCUCCCAGGUUGCAGAUGUUACAGUUCUCCCAUGAAGAUGCAAGAAAAGCCCUGCUGGAUCAGGCCCAAGGCAUCCUGGAUCUAGUCUGGCAUCCUGUUUUGCAUACUGACCCGCCAGAUGCUUUUGGGAAACCCACAGGCAAGAGGAAAUGGCAGAGGAAUCGUUUACAAACAGCUUUCAGAUCUUGGACCCUGUGAAGAAAAAGAAGAAAGGGAAGAGAAAGAGAACGUCCAGCAAAGAACAUGAUGGGGAGAUGGGUGAGCUGUCCAUGGAAAUUUCUGAUGUUUCCUCUGUUUUUCCUGGGCACAUUGAGGAUCAGGCGGCAGAAGACAGCAGAGCUCGACAGAAGAAGAAAAAGAAAAAGAAAGCUGGAGAGGAGAGAUCAGAUUCUCAGCUAAAUUCUUCUCUAGUCACGACUGAGAGCGAAGUGAAUAACCAGGCUGGGGCAGGACUUGCCUUGUGCGAGGAGGAGGAAGAGAAGAAGAAGAAGAAGAAGAAGAAAAAGCUAUUCAGUUUGAAUACACAGGAUGGUGGCGGUGAUCUCUCUGAUGCUGUGAAUCCAGGAGAGGCUGACAUUUUAUCCCAAGCAGAUAACUGGGAAAAUGUGGGUCAGGUUUCUGAAGGCACGCCUGUGAAGAAGAGGAAGAAGAAGAAAGCAAAGGGAUUAUUAACAGGGCAGGAUGAGGCCAGCAAACCCAUCCCUGGACACACAAGCGGUCAAGAGCCGUCUGGCCACAGCAGUGCCGAAGACACAAAAGAAGAGCUGUUGGAGCCCUCGCCUCUCCCACCAUUAAAAAAGCAGCCUUCAAGCCGUCUUUCCUGGAAGAAGACACAAAGGCGGACGAAUGCAGAUGCUCCUGGGGAGUUGAGCAGCCCCGUUGUACAAAAGAAAUUGGUUGUGGAUCGAAAGUCCUCCAGCGCUGAAGAUUCAGAUGCUACCGACGUUGGCUUUGCUGUGGCGGGAAGAGCAAAGGGUGUCGCGGAUGAUGACGGAUCCCGGCCGAACAAGCUCCGUCCACGCAGCAAGAGUGGGUUACUAAAAUCUGUGGCACCCGUUAAUAAGGAUGAGAAGGGAUUGGCUGCUGCUGUUUCUCAGGAUCUUUCCCUAUUGGACAAUGAGCUCCUGGAAUACUCUCUCCUUCCUCCUUUGGAAAGUCUGGAAAGGGCCAUCGAGGAACUGGAAGAAUUCAUCCCUCACGUGAGGACCUUCUCUGCUUCGGCAAUCAAGCGGCUGGCAACACGGGACCUGCCCCGGUUUAAAAACUUCAAAGAAAAAGGUGUGGCAGUGAAGUUCGGCAAGUUCUCCCGAAAGGAAAACGAGCAGCUGAAGAAGAAUGUCGAGGCCUUCUUGGAAGUCAGCGGCAUUGAGAGUGCCGAAAAGCUCUUGUUCACCCACAGGUUUCCCAAAGAGAAAGCAGCCAUCAAGAAACUGAAAGUGGAGAAUUUGUUUGGGGUCAAGAUUGCAGAGAGAAUUCCACGGCCGUGGCGGCUCGUGUAUUACCGAGCAAGGAAGAUGUUUGACCCCCAUAACAGGAAUAGACGAUAUUCCGAGAGAGAGAAGAGGGAACUGAAGAAGUACCACGCCCUGUACGGCAAUGACUGGAAAAAGAUUUCGGGACUGAUGGAUCGAAGCAGCCACUCGCUCGAGAUGAAAUUCUCGGAGAUUAAGGGUGAACCCAAAUCUGGUCCUUGGAGCAGAGCAGAGACCAAGAAGCUGGUUGAAGCUGUCGAAGAGGUGCUGAAGUCCAAACUGAAGCGCCUGGAGGAGGGCGGGGAGGAAGAAGAGGCUGACCGAGCCCUUGAGCUUCGGCGGGAAUAUCUCUACAAGGGCAUCCCCUGGAGCCAGGUGGAAGCCAAAGUGGGGACCAGGCACCGGAAGCAGUGCACCAAGAAGUGGACUUCCUUUGUAACCAAGAAGAUGUCUCAUUGGAAAACAGGGGGACAGAGGCCUGAACAUCUGCAGGGAAAGAUCAACCUCAUUGAAAGGAUGUACAGACUGAACAUCCAGGACGCCUGUGAAAUCGAUUGGGAAGAACUCUCCAGUGCCAUGGGGGAUGUCCCUCCAGAUUAUGUCAGAGAGAGAUUUUACAAACUCAAGGCCUGUCACGUCCCCCACUGGAACCAAAAGGCCUUUCCUGAAAUUAUUGACUACCUUUAUGAAGUGACGCUUCCGAAGCUAAAAGAAUUACAAAUGAAAAAGAAGGAGGCCACAGAAUCUCUGCUGGAGUCCAGUCAAACACAAGACAGUACUAAGAAGCGGGUUUUCCAGUUCAGCGACAUCUUUCAGCUCAGCGAGGAGGAGUUGUCAUCAGAAUCCGACGAGUGUAACACCGAGAUCUAGCCGAACUCUGUGAGUUCCUAAGAGACUGCCGAUAUCAAGUCUGUGAGCGAGAAGAAAGAAGAGUCAGAUUUUAUAUAUAUAUAUAUGCACCAAAGAGAUUAUUAUGGAGUUUCGUAAUGAAAGGCCAAUUUAAAUAUUUGAAGGAGGAGCGACGGCAGUCCGUCAGUGCUAAUGCCCCAGAAUUUCUACCAGUGCAGAAAAUCCCUCAACAAAGAUGGAGACUGCACAUAAUGCAGUAUGGUGACCCUCGGAGGAGGGACACCACCAUCUUUGUUACUGGUAAGCCCCACGCCUGUGCAAAAACUGGGGCACCAGUAUUCCCUGCCAGUGGGAUGGGCCGAAGUUGCCUUUGGCCAUUGCGGCAGUGGACUAUGGGAGUUGUAGUCAGCAACAUCUACCCCCGCCCUGUUACAGGAAACACUGUUGUGCACCUUCAUCUUGAAGGGAUUUUCUGGCACCCUGGAGCGGCGGUGGGGGGGGAGAAGCCCACCCAACAUUUGAUAGUCAUUGACAGACGGUCAAAUAUUGUGCCCGGAACAGUUUCACAGGACUUACUGCCAAUAGGCCUGAUUCAGCAGUCCCCUCCCGUGCAACACGCAGGCAUUGGACAGGAUCCGGGCUCUGUCGGUCACGGCUCAACACUUUGGAAUCAAUAAGCCGUGGCCACCUUAAGUUUCAUUCAUUUCACGGGACGGUCUCAUUGUUUGAAUCACACCCAAAGAACAACAGAUCUGCGGUGGCGGGGAGAGGGACCACACGGAGCCGGGGAUGGGGGGUCACCAAGAUGCCCUCGUCUCCUCCCCCCGCCCCCCCUUGCUUCCUGAGGCUGGGUAUGUGGCCAGUGCACAGAAGCGCUCCACCAAAUGGUUAGGGCCACCAAUCUGUCCCCCGCACUGGCCACGCCCCUGCCUUGAUGUGUUGGCAUGGGGGAAGGGGCGUGGCCAGCACGCUUGGCGGCUGGUUGCCAGGACCCUUGCCACGCCCCCAAGGAAGCAGAUCUCCUCUGCCUGCCAUGUGCCGACAACUGCAUGGGACCCUGCAGGCCCACGCCGAAGGAAUCCUCCACAGGCACACAAGUUCCGUUUCCACACCCUCUGCGGCCAUGUGCAGACAGCCCCUCUUCCCGGAAUGACUUGCCACAUCUCGCCGCGGAUGCGCACGCCGUUGUGUUUGGACCCGGCAUCCUUCAGUUGAGCGUGAUUCCGCAAACCGGUGAUGGGUUGAAUAGCCAGCCUCACGGACGUGAUCCAGCCCUGGGAAGGGAGGCCCCCUCCAUUUUUAAAAAGAUGCUGGCUUUGUGGCCAGGCAUGCAGAGGAGGGUUUGGGGAAGACGGUAGGUUCAAAGUGGUGGCGUUUGGUUGUAAUUGUCCUGCUGUGUGCAUAAUAUAUUUCUUUUAAACGGG